AAAUCGAAGAAGAAAACUUUAAUUUAAUAUCUUAAUUAUUACAGUUUCUGUUUACGCCAGUUAAAAAUGUAAACAUAAACUAUAUUUCAUAAUUUUAUUAAUUCUUAUCGACUGUAAAAUACAAUAAGACAAACAAAUUUUCAAGCCACCUAUCGUUUAGUUCCUACGAAAGUUUUUUUUGCUGAGUAGCUCAUCACUAAUUACGCAGAUUUUAUUUUCACAACAAUGUCCAAAAUAUUCACGCCUACAAAUCAAAUUCGCCUUACAAAUGUCGCAAUUGUGAGGCUAAAAAAGGGAGGCAAGCGUUUCGAAAUAGCCUGUUAUAAAAAUAAGGUCCUUUCUUGGAGGAGCAACAGCGAAAAGGAUAUCGAUGAAGUGCUGCAGACCCACACAGUGUUCACCAAUGUCUCCAAAGGACAGGCGGCAAAAAAGGACGAGCUGCAGAAGGCCUUUAAUAAAACAGAUGAAACAGAGAUUUGCAAGGAGAUUCUGAGCAAGGGAGAACUCCAAGUGUCGGAAAAGGAGCGCCAAAGUUGCCUGGACACCCAGCUAAACAGUAUAGUUAACUCGGUGGCUGCUCUAUGUGUAAAUCCGGAGACCCGUCGUCCAUACUCCGCUUCAAUUAUCGAGAAAUCCCUGAAGGAUGCCCACUUCUCGGUAAAGAUGAACAGGAAUACCAAGCAGAACACACUGGAGGCCAUCAAGAUGCUCAGAGAGCACCUGCCCAUCGAAAGAUCCCGUAUGAAGUUGCGGGUUAGCUUUGCAGGAAAAGAGGGAGGUGGCAAGCUCAAGGAAUCGGUGGUCAAGUUGGCCAACACCGUGGAGCACGAGGAAUGGGACGAGGCCACUUUGCACCUCACUUUGCUCAUAGAUCCUGGCCAGUACCGCGUCAUAGAUGAACUGGUCAGGAACGAAACAAAGGGCAAAGGACUGUUGGAGCUUCUCGAGCUCAAGGAAGUCGUCGAGAGCGAGGAACUCUUCUAGAAAAAGGUUCUCCUUGGCUAGUACCGCGUCAUAGAUGAACUGGUCAGGAAGGAAACAAAUGGCAAAGGACUAUUGGAGCUUCUCGAGCUCAAGGAAGUCGUCAAGAGCGAGGAACUCUUCUAUAAAAAGGCUCUCCUUAAACAUCAUCGUUUUCAUUGUACAUUUGUUAAUAUUUAUGUAAAACUUAAAUGAGAAUAUGUGAAAAUUAUAAGGACUAUUAUUUCUGAAAAA